UCAUUAGCUAUCCAUUGCGCCUGUGCAAUUCUUCUACCAACAACUGCACCCGACCAGAGUCAUAACAAUCGUCCAAAUAAAUUAUUUUCACCAAAGCCAAACUGUCAUUAAAGCCAGCCUGUGCGUGGAAUAUUGGUUUUCUCGAUAACCUAACAAAAAGCUAAAUAGUCUGGAGACAUGUUUUGGAAAUUCUAAAUUCAUGGAGGAUAACACGGUUAUCAAUAUCCACCCUGUCGAAGAUUCGGUGAAAAUGGGCGAUUAUGCACCGAAGAGUUUUUUUUAACCCAAAAUAUAGUGAAUGGUUCAACUGGCCGAAAAGGACGAACAGUAUCGCAGUUCCCGAAACGUGAAGUGACACAUUAAUCCCCAAAUUGGAUACUAGCUAGCCAGCUACGCCACUGUCCACAGAUUGCUAGUUGAUCACUACUGCCAACCAUCUUCCGAUUCGGAUCGAUCGGCUAUGGCUAGUAACAUCACCAGCUCGGCUGCAAGCUAGCUUGCUAAAUUAGCAAGACUAUCGACAACGUCAGUUCAGAACUUGGAAUAAUUUCCAUUUGACAACAAAACGCAAGCUUGCUAGUUAGCAUUUGAAGUAUAUUUGGUUUCGUGAAUUUUGGCUUUUUAUUUUUUUUUAUCUCGGUGUCCGAAAGAGCAAGCCUGAUAGCUACUUGCUUAGGCAGCUGCAGACGGCUAAGCUAGCAGCUAUCAACAUCUGUACACUACCGAUGCAAUGGUCGCAUUGUUAACUGGUUUGGUAGAGGAAUGCUCAUUGGGUGGAUAUUCUGAGGCAGCGGGCCGCACAGAAUAUUUCACCUCUCAGUUCCAACCACGGGCCACACUAUAUACUGUUUUGAUGUGAAGAUUGGCGGUGAACACACAUCGCUCGCUGACUGUAAAAUAGCGCACGAAGACGGGAACAGCUGAAGCUAUGCAAGCGGCCCAGGUUCAGUACGACUUUUUCAGCGAGGAGAACGCACCGAAAUGGCGGGGGCUAUUGGUACCCUCCCUGAACAAGGUGCUGAGCCAGGUGCACCCCAAGCUGUCGUCCCAGGAGGAUGCGCUGCAGUACAUCGAGGAGCUGAUCCUGCUGCUGCUCAACAUGCUCUGCCAGGCACAGCCACGCAGCGUGCAGGACGUGGAGGAGCGAGUGCAGAAGAGUUUCCCGCACCCUAUCGAUAAAUGGGCUAUCGCUGAUGCCCAGGCGGCCAUUGAAAAGAGGAAGAGGAGGAAUCCUUUGGCCCUGCCCGUGGAUAAGAUCCACCCGCUGCUCAAGGAGGUACUAGGGUACAAGAUUGACCACCAGGUGUCGGUGUACAUUGUGGCGGUGUUGGAGUACAUCUCAGCAGACAUCCUGAAGCUGGCAGGGAACUACGUGAGGAACAUCCGCCACUACGAGAUCUCCCAGCAGGACAUCACCGUGGCCAUGUGUGCCGAUAAGGUUCUGAUGGACAUGUUCCACCAGGACGAGGAGGACAUCAGCGGUUUCCCCCUGAUGGACGAGGAGCCAUCCACCAAUGAGGAGCAGACCUACUACGACCUGGUCAAGACCUUCAUGGCCGAGGUCCGACAGUACCUUCGUGACCUCAACCUCAUCAUCAAGGUGUUCCGCGAGCCCUUCACCUCCGACGCCAUGCUCUUCUCCCACCAUGACGUGGAGAACAUCUUCAGCCGCAUCGUGGACAUCCACGAGGUCACCCUUAAGCUGCUGGGCCUCAUUGAAGACACGGUGGAGAUGACAGAUGAGGGGAGCCCACACCCGCUGGUGGGCAGCUGCUUUGAAGACCUGGCUGAGGAGCUGGCCUUCGACCCCUACGAGACAUAUGCUCAAGACAUCCUGCGGACUGGCUUCCACGAUCACUUCCUCAACCAGUUGUCUAAACCGAAAGCUGCCUUCUACCUCCAGUCUAUAUGCGAAGGCUUUAAGGAAGCAGUCCAGUACGUCCUGCCCCGGUUGCUCCUCACACCCGUCUAUCAUUGUCUCCACUAUUUCGAGAUCUUAAAGCAACUAGAGGAGAAAAGUGAGGAUGAGGAGGACAAGGAGUGUCUGAAGCAGGCCAUCACGGCGCUGCUCAAUCUGCAGAGUAGCAUGGAGAGGAUCUGCUCCAAGAACAUGGCCAAGAGGAGGCUGAGCGAGUCGGCCUGCCGCUUCUACAGCCAGCAGAUGAAGGGCAAGCACCUGGCCAUCAAGAAGAUGAACGAGAUCCAGAAGAACAUUGAUGGCUGGGAGGGCAAGGACAUCGGCCAAUGCUGCAACGAAUUCAUCAUGGAGGGGACGCUGACACGCGUGGGCGCCAAGCACGAACGGCACAUCUUCCUCUUCGACGGCCUGAUGAUCUGCUGCAAGUCCAACCACGGCCAGCCGCGCUUGCCUGGCGCCUCGUCCACUGCCGAGUACCGCCUCAAGGAGAAGUUCUUAAUGCGCAAGGUUCAGAUCAAUGACAAGGAUGACAAGGAGGGCGAGUACCGGCACGCCUUUGAGAUCAUCCUCAAAGACGGCAACAGCGUGGUGUUCGCCGCCAAGUCGGCCGAGGACAAGAAUGGCUGGAUGGCGGCGCUCAUCUCACUGCAGUACCGCUCGACGCUGGAGCGCAUGCUGGACUCGGCCAUGCUACAGGAGGAGAAGGAGGAGCAAAUGAGGCUGCCCGGGGCGGAGCUUUACCGGUUCGCCACGCCCGACUCUGAGGAGAAUGUGGUGUUCGAGGAGAAUGUGCAGUCCAAGUCGGGCAUCCCCAUCAUCAAGGCGGGGACAGUGCUCAAGCUCAUCGAAAGGCUCACCUUCCACAUGUAUGCAGAUCCAAAUUUCGUCCGAACAUUUCUUACAACCUACAGGUCCUUCUGUAAACCUCAGGAGCUGCUGGGUCUUCUUAUGGAGAGGUUUGAAAUUCCUGAGCCAAAGCCCACUGAGGCGGACCAGAUGGCCAUAGAGAACGGAGACCAACCUCUCAGCGCCGAACUCAAACGUUUUCGCAAGGAGUUUGUCCAGCCAGUCCAACUCAGGGUACUGAAUGUAUGUCGCCACUGGGUGGAGCACCACUUCUAUGACUUUGAGCGGGACUGUCAGUUACUCAAGUGUCUGGAGGAGUUCAUUGCAUUGGUGCGAGGCAAGGCCAUGAAGAAGUGGGUGGAGUCCAUCACCAAGAUCAUCCAGAGGAAGAAGCAGGCACAGGCCAAUGGGCCCAGCCACAACAUCACCUUCGAGAGCUCGCCACCGCCCAUCGAGUGGCACCUCAGCAAGUCGGGCCAGACAGACCAGUUUGACCUCAUGACCCUCCACCCCAUUGAGAUCGCCCGGCAGCUCACACUGCUCGAGUCCGACUUCUACAGGGCGGUGCAGCCGUCAGAGCUGGUGGGCAGCGUGUGGACGAAGGAGGACAAGGAGCUGAACUCGCCCAACCUUCUGCGCAUGAUCCGCCACACCACCAACCUCACGUUGUGGUUCGAAAAGUGUAUCGUAGAGACGGAGAACCUGGAAGAGCGGGCAGCGGUGGUGGCGCGUAUCAUCGAGAUCCUGCAGGUGUUCCAGGAGCUCAACAACUUCAACGGCGUGCUGGAGGUGGUCAGCGCCAUGAACUCCUCGCCCGUCUACCGGCUAGACCACACCUUCGAGCAAAUUCCAAGCCGACAGAGGAAGAUUCUAGAGGAGGCCCAUGAACUGAGCGAGGACCACUACAAGAAGUACCUGGCAAAACUACGCUCCAUCAACCCCCCCUGUGUCCCCUUCUUUGGGAUCUACUUGACGAACAUCCUGAAGACGGAGGAAGGCAACCCUGACUUCCUGAAGAGGCAUGGCAAGGAGCUGAUCAACUUCAGCAAGCGACGGAAAGUGGCGGAGAUUACCGGGGAGAUCCAGCAGUACCAGAACCAGCCCUACUGCUUGCGGGUGGAGAGCGAUAUCCGGAAGUUUUUUGAAAACCUCAAUCCAAUGGAGGACAAGGCAGAGAAGGAGUUUGCUGACUAUCUGUUCAACAAGUCACUGGAGAUUGAGCCUCGGAAUGCCCGGUCGUUGCCUCGAUUUCCCAAGAAGUACAACUGCCCGCUCAAGUCCCCCGGCGUGCGCCCGUCCUCGGUGCGCCCGGGCACCAUGCGCCAUCCGACGCCACUGCAGAAUGAGCCGCGCAAGAUCAGCUACAGCCGCAUCCCUGAUAGCGAGAUGGAGAGCGCCGCUUCUGCACCCAACUCGCCGCGCACGCCCCUCACUCCGCCGCCAGCCUCGGCUGCCUCCAGCUCCACAGAUAUCGGCAGCGUGUUCGACUCCCCCCAGGGCCCCUCCAGCCCCUUCCACUCCAGGUCCUCCUCGGUUUCCUCCAUGGUGAGUCUCCACAGGAACACUGAAGACACCACCGUCCCCCCGCCUGUGCCCCCUCGCAGACGCCCCGAAUCCGCCCCCGCUGAAUCUUCCCCAUCGAAGAUGAUGUCAAAGCACUUGGACAGCCCCCCCGCCAUCCCCCCACGGCAGCCCACCACCACCAAGGUCUACUCGCCUCGCUACUCGCUCUCGACCGAGCGCACCUCCGUGUCGGAGCCGCCUGACAGCCCACCCACCCUGCCGCCGCGGGAGCCCAUGAGAACGCCGGACGUCUUCUCCAGCUCCAACAGCCCCCUGCACCUGCAGCCCCCCCCCGCUGGGCCGCAUCGCAGCAGCGAACCCACGCUGAGCCAGACCUUCUUCCCACCCUCGCCGUUCGGCCCACUCACCCCGCCGCCGCCCCCCACUCCCUCGCCCUCGCUGGGCCCACGCAAGCACCUGCCCUCCCCACCCUUGCCACUGCUGGGGCCCAGUGGCCCAGACUGCUGCGGCGACUCAGCCCUCCUCCCUCUGGGGGGUGCAGCUGGCCCCCCUGUGCCCCCUCGCCAGAGCACCAGCAGUGCCGCCGCCCAAGCUAUCCCCAAGCUCCCUCCCAAAACGUACAAAAGGGAGUCGGUGUCACACCCGUCGCUAGUGCAUCGGGACGACCCACCCGUGCUGGAGAAUGCCAACCCCUCUUAAAAAUACUUGUGUAUGUGAUAUGGGGGAAAUCAUUGAACACUAAAGACUUUAGACUUGAACAAAAACAAAAUUUUAUUGUGAUGUUGACUUUAAGAAAAAAAAGACAAUGCCAGUGUAGGUUCUUAGCUACCUGGAAAAAUAAUCAUGUGCCCUUAUAAAAAAAAAAAAAUACUUAAACGAAAGAUGAUUGUCCUUUUUCAUUUGUGCAGACCAUUGGAGAUUCCCUAUAAAAACCCUUUUGGGGGGGUAUCUUACUGUUUGUAUGUUUGGUUGUGUGUGUUUGUAUGUACAGUAUGUUGUUUGUCAUCGUCCAAUGUUUAUUUCAUUUGGUUUAUUUUUUUUAAGUGAAUCGAUUGCAGCAUUACUUGUCAAUGAGCUCGGUGGCCUACCCAUGCACAUACAGCUUGAACCAUAAUAAACCAUGAACCAGGACCACACAAGUCCACCGCAACGUUGGAUGAUGGAACGAUAAAGACUGUAGACCAGUUUGAACAGACUCCAGGAGAAAUCCACAAACUUAGUGUUUUAACUCACUGUGUAUGGGCUAAAUAAUCUACUAAAGUGGCCCAUAUUGACCAGAGACGGACCAGAGAGGACUCAAGCUAUCACGGUGUUGUAAACCCAUUUCAACUCCCCAAUAACAAAUGUCUGCCGUUCAAUCCACCUCACUCAGAUUGAAAAAGGGACUUGGGAAAUCAUGUUGUUAAAUGGUGUUUAAGGCUUUUUGUAGAGACUCAGUCCGAGGCAAUUGUUGUUUUUUUGUGCCAGUAGAUCGACCAGAGUACCAUGAUUUAAGGCAGGGUUUCCCACACUCGGUCCUGGGUGCACAUUUCGUUUUUUGCCCUAGCACUACACAGCUGAUUCAAAUAAUCAAAGCUUGAUGAGUUGGGUAAUUGAAUCAGAUGUGUAGUGCGAGGGCAAAAAACUAAAUGUGGGCGGCCCAGGACCGAGUUUGAGAAACCCUGAUUUAAGGUACCCAUCCACACCAAAGAGGUACUUUUCAAGCAUUCAAGAAACACAAGAACUGAUUGUUCUUAAGUUUGUGUUAGUACUUUUAUGUUCUGAUUUAUUUCUGCCAAUGAGUAUGUAAAGAAAAUUAUGAUUGACUUCUUUAAACAAGGGAAUAAAAGUGUUUCUACCACUAUAA